UAUUCUACUCACAAAUGACAAACUAUGCCAGUAUCAUCAAUAAACAUAACUAAUACAUAGUAUACUACUACUACAAUAUGGUAUCUCAGCCUGACCUAAGCACCAACGACGCCGCCGUCCUCCAGGCCCUCUUCGACGCCGAAUCUUCCCCCUCGGCCGCGGUCGAAAUCAACUCGACGCUACCUUCGUUUGGCCUCGAUCCGACAGAACUCGCAAAGUUACAAUCUCGUGAGCUUGAGAUCAUCCGACCCUUACAGCCCGAGUCAUCGUCAACCGGGACAACGGAACCAGCUACUAUCCAGUCUGCUAUCCAAGCCCUCUCGGCCCUCAUUGCAGAAAAUCCUAAAUACCCAUCGGCAUACGCGAACAGAGCACAAGCAUAUAGACUAUUACUUGAGGGACAAGAAGAAGGAAAAGAAGAAACCGAUCUUUCAGAUGUUAUUUCCUGCUUGUUCGCCGAUCUAGGCGAGGUGAUUUCCCUCGCAACACCCAAACCUGCCGACCCCCUCUCUCCUCUCCAGGCACGGCUCCUGGCAGAUUCCCAUACCCACCGGGGAUACCUACUUCUCAAAGCUGCAAAGACCAAACGGAUGCCCUUCAGUGAUACGAGGCGGGUUUGUCCAGCAAAGCUCCAGAGCGUAGGGGCCGAUACCCUCGAAGAGAUGGCGAGCAGGGAUUUCUUCUUCGGGGGCCGAUAUGGGAAUAAGAUCGCCCAGCAGUUGGCUGUGCAGACGAAUCCGUAUGCGAAGAUGUGCGGGGCGAUUGUGAAGGAGGCCUUGAAGGAGGAGAUUCAAAGUUAUUACUAGGUGUACUCUAUACAUAUAAAUAUAAAUAUAUAGAUCUCAUCAAGUAUAACUACGCUAUUAUUAGAUUGUUGCUAUAACAUCCAUAUAACUAUGGUCUUUUGAAAUGGCGCUUGAGA